AUGGAUGGCCCCAAAGCAUGGAAUGACAUUUCACAUGAGAAGGCAGCACCAGGCCUAGAUGUCCCACUCAACACAUUUGAGCUCCUCUUGACAUGGUUGGUCCAAAUACUUAUGGUCUUCGGUGGGGUGGUCCCCUAUAUACCACAGUAUCAAGUCAUCAAGUCCACAGAAAAUGCAGAAGGUUUCUCCCUCUAUGUGUGUCUCUCUUUACUGGUUGCCAACAUUCUUCGUAUCAUCUUCUGGUUUGGCCAUCCAUUUGAGGUGCCUCUGCUGCUGCAAAGUAUUUUCAUGAUUAUGGCAAUGCUGGCUAUGGUUCAACUGUGCGUAAAUGUCAAGCAUAGUGCCAUCAUCAUCAGAGAAGAGCAUUCCUUGGCAGAUUUUGAUCCAAACUACUUCUGGAAGUGGACAGAUUUCAGAUCAUACCUGCAGUGUACAGCAUAUUUUGCUGCUUUCUGCAGCAUACUGAUGUAUAUUUUCCAGGCUGCCUCUAUCUUCGUGGAAGUUGUUGGAUUUUCUGCUCUCUUCAUUGAAGCUUUACUAGGUGUUCCACAGUUCCUGAGGAACUAUCACAAUCAAUCCACCCACGGCAUGAGGUUUGAUCCAACAAUAUGCCCAUUGUAUACUUUACAGAAUAUUUUUCACUUUUACAGCCAAAAAAUGGUGCUUUUCUGGACUGUGGGAGAUAUCUUCAAGACGACUUAUUUCAUUUUACGCAAGACCCCUGUUCAAUUCAUCAUUUGUGGUAUUCUCCAAUUUAGUGUGGACAUAGCUGUCUGGUUCCAGGUUUGGUGGUAUCGAGCAAGAAAACGACAUCUAUGA